AUGCCAGGCAACAAGAUCAAGGUUUCCAUCGACCGCGGCGGCACCUUCACCGACGUUCAUGCCAUUGUGCCCGGCAAGCCUGACAUCGUCCUCAAACUCCUUUCCGUCGACCCUUCCAACUACCAAGAUGCCCCUACAGAAGGCAUCCGCAGAGUCCUUGAGGCCGCUACUGGUGCGACAUUACCCAGAGGACAGCCCCUCCAAUUGGACGACAUAGAAUGCCUACGAAUGGGCACCACAGUUGCCACCAAUGCCCUUCUGGAGCGCAAAGGCAUGAGAUCUGCGCUCCUGACCACCAAAGGUUUCAAGGACCUCCUUAGAAUCGGCAACCAGGCCCGUCCCGACAUCUUCGACCUCUCAGCGAGGCGGCCUGAUGUCUUGUUCGAGGAUGUUGUCGAGGUUGACGAGCGCAUCAUCCCCUCGCAUCCCCUUUCAUCCCCAGAGGCUCUGUCGCCUUUCCGAGUGAUUGAGGGAAUUACUGGGGAGACAUUUCAGGUGGCUCGGGAACUAAAUAUUGAAAAAAUCACUGCAGACCUGGAAGCUCUGAAGAAGCAGGGCUACCGCUCGGUGGCUGUUGCUCUUAUCAACUCAUUCGCCUGUCCCGACCAUGAACUCAAGAUUGGCGAGACUGCCUCCAAGCUAGGCUUCUCAGUCGCACUAUCGUCCCAGUUGCAGCCUAUGAUCAAGGUGGUCCCUCGCGGCAUGUCUGCUACUGCCGACGCCUAUCUCACCCCGGUCAUUAAAUCUUACAUCGACUCCAUCUCAGCAAAUUUCGAUGGCGGCUUAGCAGGCUCUCACGGUUGUCGAGUCGAAUUCAUGCAGUCUGACGGCGGUUUGGUUGACUUCCGUAAGUUCAGCGGCUUGAAAGCUAUUCUCUCCGGUCCCGCCGCCGGUGUUGUUGGGUAUGCCUCGACGAGUUGGGACGAAGAGGCGCGAGUGCCUAUUAUUGGCUUCGAUAUGGGAGGCACAUCCACCGACGUGUCACGGUUCGACGGUCACCUUGACCACACCUUCUCCUCUAGUAUCUCAGGUGUUAGCAUUCAGGCGCCGCAGCUCGACAUUAACACUGUCGCUGCGGGAGGUGGAUCCAUUCUGUUCUGGAAGAAUGGCCUAUUUAUGGUCGGACCCGAAUCUGCGUCCGCACACCCCGGGCCUGCCUGCUAUAGAAAGGGAGGACCGCUCACAGUCACCGAUGCAAACCUUUUCCUAGGUCGCCUUUUGCCUGAAUACUUCCCUAGGAUUUUCGGCCCUAAUGAGGAUCAGCCCCUCGACAGAGAAGUUUCUCGGAAGCUGUUUGAGGAGAUGACGGAAAAGAUCAAUUCAGAGCACGGCGUCACUCAACUCACCGCCGAAGAAGUUGCUCUGGGCUUCCUCAAGGUUGCCGACGAAUCAAUGACAAGACCUAUCCGCAAUCUGACAGAAGCUCGAGGAUUCGAAACUUCUGCUCACCAUCUCGCAAGCUUCGGUGGUGCCGGUGGCCAGCACGCCUGCAACGUUGCCGCCUCGCUCGGCAUUUCGCGCAUUAUCAUCCACAAGUACUCCUCUAUCCUAUCGGCGUAUGGCCUUGCCCUCGCUGAGAUCGUCCACGAGGCACAAGAGCCUAUGGCUGCUUACUAUGUUGGAGCCGAGGAAUUAAUUAUUGGCAAACUACAGGGUCUCAUUAACCACACCAUCAAGCAGCUCCAGACCCAGGGUUUUGUGGAGGAGCAACUUAGGCAUGAAAUUUUCCUAAACAUGAGGUACGAGGGCUCGGAUACAAGUCUGAUGAUCCUCAAGCCUGAGGAUGGUGACUUCCUUUCAGCCUUUAUCGAGCGACACCGUCGGGAGUUUAACUUCACAUUCCAGCGGCCGGUCAUCAUUGACGAUGUUCGCGUCCGAACCAUCGCAUCCGCAAACAAGACGGUGGAGAAAAGCCCCUUGCAACAGCUCAAGGAUGCAACGUUGAAGGAUGCUUGUGCACCCGCUCAUUACACAGACGUCUACUUCGACUCGCAAGCUGGAUUCAGAAGCACCCCUGUCUACCAGCUUCGAGAUCUCGGCUCUAAUGUGAAGCUGCACGGCCCUGCCAUUAUUAUCGACGAGACUCAGACCAUCGUGGUCAAUCCCAAUGCGGUCGUUCACGUUCUUGACACAUGUGUGCUUAUCGACUUAGAGUCCGCGACUCGCGAGGCCACGUACUCGUCAAAGGUUGACCCUAUUCGUCUAUCCAUCUUUGGCCAUAGGUUCAUGUCCGUUGCCGAGCAGAUGGGCCAUACUCUACAGAAAACCUCCGUCUCGACGAAUAUCAAGGAGCGACUCGACUUUUCUUGCGCUCUAUUCUCUCCCGACGGCGGGCUUGUCGCCAAUGCUCCCCAUCAUAAUCGCUGGAAAGGGCAGCUGAAGAAUGGUGAUGUCUUGGUUUCGAACCACCCUAUGUCUGGCGGAACCCACUUGCCCGACGUGACGGUCGUCACCCCGGUGUUCAAGCAAGGAACCGAUGAAAUCAUCUUCUACGUCGCCUCGCGCGGCCACCAUGCAGACAUCGGCGGCAUCCUUCCCGGAUCCAUGCCUCCCAACUCCACCGAGCUGUGGCAGGAAGGCGCAGCCAUCGAGUCAGAAAAGGUCGUUUCUAAUGGUAUCUUCAAUGAAGACCGCAUGCGCGAGCUCUUCUUUGAUGUCCCAUCCAAGUACGAAGGCUGCUCAGGCAGCCGAAACUUGAGCGACAACAUCUCGGACCUCAAAGCUCAGAUUGCCGCCAAUGCUCGUGGGAUCACGCUGAUCCAGAACCUGAUCGACGAGUACGGACUGCAAACCGUGCAGAUGUAUAUGUACGAGAUCCAGCGCACAGCCGAGUUGGCCGUCCGAAACCUUCUCAAGGAUAUGUACCACCGCUACGGCGGCCGUCCGCUGGAGGCCCUGGAUUUCAUGGACGACGGCACACCCAUCAAGCUCACGAUCACGAUUGACAAGGAAGGCGCGGCCGUCUUCGACUUUGACGGUACGGGUCCGGAGGUCCGUGGUAACAUUAACGCUCCCGAGGCUAUCACCCAUUCGGCGAUUAUAUAUGCCUUGCGAUGCAUGAUCAAGUCGGACAUCCCUCUGAACCAAGGUUGCUUGAGUCCCAUUGAUAUCAGGAUCCCGAAACCUAGCAUCCUGAGCCCUACCGGCGACUCUGCCGUUGUCGGCGGUAACGUAACGACCAGCCAGCGAGUCACCGAUGUGGUUCUCAAGGCGCUUCACGCCUGUGCCGCCUCGCAGGGUUGUCUGAACAACCUCACUUUCGGCAUUGAUGCCAAGGUCGAUGAAACAGGAAAGGUCACACCGGGCUUCGGUUAUUAUGAGACUAUUGCUGGUGGAGCUGGUGCAGGUGAUGGCUGGGUGGGAGAGAGUGGUGUGCAUGUGCACAUGACGAACACCCGCAUUACUGAUCCUGAGAUCCUUGAAAAACGAUACCCAUGCGUGCUGCGCCGCUUUGAGCUCCGUGAUGACACUGGGGGCGCGGGACGCAAUAGAGGAGGUGACGGUGUGACUCGAGAAAUCGAGUUCCUGACCCCAGUGCAGUGCUCUAUUCUAUCUGAGCGCCGUGUUCACCAGCCGUAUGGUAUGGAGGGUGGCGGGCCUGGAUCAACUGGCCUGAACCUCUGGCUCACGGCGGAUAGGCACACAGGUCAGGAAAGGAGAGUUAACAUGGGCGGAAAGGGUAGUGUACCCAUGAAGGUUGGCGACAGGGUUGUCAUUAUGACCCCCGGUGGAGGUGGCUAUGGUAGCAAGCAGGCUGCACAGAAUGGAACCCACUGUACAUAG